GUGGGAGGGGUUGGGAAAAAGAGCAGCAUUUCGGUAGGGUCAUCAGAUAGCCGGAUUCUUUUACACGUACAAGGUGUUAUUGUGCAGGAGGACAAACGCCUGUGAAGUUAUGUGACUCUAGAACAAAGGACAAAAGAGGAGGACGAAUUUAACACGUUCCAGAGGAGAACAACAGGGGAACGGAAGAGGGGCGCCCCCCUUAUUGAGAUCCCCCAAAUGCUUUGAACUAAUGAGAAAAGUUUCAUUUACUCUCUAAAUGCCUGCAUUGGACUUUUAUUGAGGUUUUUGCGCAAGAUUUGAAAUUGACAUCUUGACUGAAUAGAAAAAAAGCUCUGUGGAAGAAAACUUGCAUAUCUACUUUCAGCCUUAUUUAAAAGGGACCAUCAAACAAGAGAGAGGAUACAUAAAAGAGAAAAGAGGGGCAGCGUUCUCUCUGUAGCUGAAGCAGAGAUGCUGCGGUACCUGAUAAAGACGCUUCUGCAAAUGAAUCUUUUUACUGAUACCAUGCGUGAUGCCAAUAAUGGAACCGACGUGUUCUUCAACAUCUCCUCCAUCCCUUCCUACAACUCAUCUCUGCUGGACUGGUCCAACUUCACCGGCUUAAAUGGUUCUCGUCCCAGGCUGGAGGAUGCCGCCCCACGGAUCGUCGAACACCCCUCAGACCUAAUCGUAUCUAAAGGCGAACCCGCCACUUUGAACUGUAAAGCAGAAGGUAGACCGACCCCAAUGGUGGAGUGGUACAAAGACGGCGAACGCGUAGAAACCGACCGCGAGGACCCCCGUUCCCACCGCAUGCUGCUCCCCAGCGGCUCCCUGUUCUUCCUCCGGAUCGUUCACGGAAGACGCAGCAAGCCCGACGAAGGGGUGUACGUGUGCGUGGCCAGGAAUUACUUGGGCGAGGCCGUCAGCCGCAAUGCCUCCUUGGAGGUCGCAAUUCUCCGGGAUGAUUUCCGUCAGACCCCCAGUGAUGUGGUGGUUGCGGCAGGAGAACCGGCGGUGAUGGAGUGCAUCCCUCCACGGGGCCACCCAGAACCAACCAUCUCCUGGAAGAGGAACAACGUGAAAGUGAAUGAUAAGGAUGAGAGGAUAACAAUACGAGGCGGGAAGCUGAUGAUCUCCAACACACGGAAGAGCGACGCGGGAAUGUAUGUUUGUGUCGGCACUAAUAUGGUCGGAGAGAAAGACAGCGACCCUGCUGAGCUAGUAGUGUUUGAGCGGCCCAUGUUUGUACGCAGGCCUGUAAAUCAAGUGGUCCUUGCUGAUGACACGGUGGAUUUCCAGUGUGAGGUUCAGGGAGACCCGACUCCAACCAUACGCUGGAGGAAAGAAGAAGGAGAACUGCCUCGGGGAAGGUUUGAGAUCCGAACCGAAAACAGCCUGCGUCUGACUCAGGUGAAGGCUGAAGAUGAAGGCACGUACACCUGUUUAUCUGAAAACAGCGUCGGGAAAGCGGAAGCAUCCGGAACGCUUCAAGUCCACGUUCCUCCACAGAUAGUGGUUCGUCCGCGGGAUCAGAUCUCUGCCCAGGGCCGUACUGUCACUUUUCUUUGUGGCACAAAGGGAAAUCCCCCACCUGCCGUGUUCUGGCAGAAAGAAGGCAGUCAGGUUUUAAUGUUCCCCAGCCAGCCUCCCUCACAAUCGGGUCGUUUCUCUGUGUCGCUGAGCGGUGAAUUGACCAUUACAGACGUGCACAGUGAGGAUUCUGGGUACUACAUAUGUCAGGCUAUCAGCGUGGCGGGCAGCAUCUUAACAAAAGCUCUGCUAGAAGUGGAAAGCACCCCAUCUGACCGGAUCCCCCCCAUCAUCCGCCAAGGCCCGGCCAAUCAGACGCUCGCUCCAGGCGCCACUGCCCAAUUGCAGUGCCACGUGAUGGGCAACCCUCUUCCGAGCAUCCAAUGGGAGCGAGAUGGGCAGAGAAUCCUGGGCAACGACGAUCGCAUUAGCCUAAUGGAAAACGGCACUUUGCAAAUCACAGCCCUGCAGGAAACGGACUCUGGGGCCUACACCUGUGUAGCAUCCAGUUCGAGUGGAGAGACGAGCUGGAGUGGCGUAGUCACAGUGAAAGAAAGCGGAGGUCUUUCCAUACCCCCGGUUUCAGAGCCCUACCAGCUACCCGGUCCGCCCCAGAAGCCCGUCGUGACCGACGUGACCCGAAACAGCGUGACUCUGACCUGGCAGCCGAACGCACACGAGGGUGGUGCGGCUGUCACCUCUUACAUCAUCGAAGCCUUUAGCCAAUCAGCAGGCAGUACAUGGCAGACGGUCGCAGAUUUGGUGAAACUAGAGAAGCACACGGUAACCGGGCUAUCUCCGAAUACCAUUUACCUCUUCAUUGUUCGGGCGGUCAACGCAUAUGGCCUGAGUGACCCCAGCCCAAUUUCAGAGCCUGUACGCACACAAGACGUGAGUCCGACAGGUCAAGGUGUGGACCACAGACAGGUUCAGAGGGAGCUUGGAGAGAUGUCCAUACAGCUUCACGAGCCAGCGCUCCUGACUGCAUCCAGCGUUAAGAUCAGCUGGAACGUCGACCGUCAGUCUCAGUACAUCCAGGGUUAUCGCUUGCUUUACCGUCCUGUCGGCGGAUCCUGGUCUCAACAGGAAGUGAAAGGGGCAACGGAGCGUAACGCCGCCAUCACCAACCUGCUCAAAGGCACGGAGUACGAGAUUAAAAUACGACCUUACUUUAACGAGUUUCAGGGUAUGGACAGCCGCCCGGUGACGUUCCGCACACCAGAGGAGGUUCCGAGUGCCCCUCCUCGUGCUGUAACCGUGGAAACAGUCAAGCUCAGCAACAGUUCAAGCAUCAGCGUAUCCUGGCAACCUCCUCCCACUGAGAUGCAAAAUGGCGUCAUUCAAGAAUAUAAGAUUUGGUGUAUGGGAAACGACUCCCAGACGCGUUACCGAAUCAAUCAGACUGUGGAUGGGAACGUGCUGACCACCUUGGUAAAGGGGCUUCUGCCUGGCGUGUUGUACCAGGUGGAGGUGGCAGCGGUGACCAGCGCAGGAGUGGGCACCCACAGUCAACCCGUGUCUGUGCUUAUUAAGUUGCCCGCAGAGCAGCCCGCAGUCACAGGUGGAGGCAGCGAAUCGGAUGAGAACGUCAGUCUGGCUGAGCAGAUCACGGAUGUAGUAAAGCAGCCGGCUUUUAUUGCGGGCAUCGGCGGCGCAUGCUGGGUAAUCCUUAUGGGAUUCAGCGUGUGGAUUUACUGCAGACGCAAGAAGAGAAAGGAACUCAGCCACUACACUGCGUCGUUCGCAUACACACCUGCAGUUGGUUUUCCACAUGGAGAAAGUUCUGGACUGAAUGGCAGGCCUGGUAUGCUGGGUGCUAACAUGGGAAAUUACCCUUGGCUGGCCGACUCUUGGCCCACCACUAACCUCAUACACAACGGGAAAGAUUCAGUGAACUGCUGUACGUCUAAACACGACACACCAGAGAGAUACUACAACGAGGCGGGAAUCUCCAAUUACCUGAAUCAAACUGAAAAAUACAGCGCAGACUCCAAUGAAGGUCCCAUCUACAGCACCAUUGAUCCCACCAGCGAAGAUCUGCGCAGCUUCUCCGCUCAAUACUCUCAACACACCACGCCUUACGCCAGUACUCCCAUCAUGCCUUUCACCAACCAGACGCCCUGCAGUCCUGAGCAAGAUGGCAGCCACUGGAUCACUCCAACGCAGCCUGGUACCUCCAACUCGCAGUAUGCGCAGCCAGACCGGUCCAAGAAUGAUAAUGCAAAACAACCAAAGCAGAAGCUAAUGGGGAAACCAGUGAAAACUCCAUCUCUCAACUGGAUGGAAGCGCUGCCCCCUCCGCCCCCAUCUGGAGAUCUGGAUGAAUGUGAGGAGGAAGAGGAGGAUGAAAAUGAACUAAUCCAGGAUAUGGGGUCAGAUGAAGAAGAUUGGUGUCCCCCUCUACCAGAGAGGACCUACCUCAUGGAUGGCUCGAUUGAGGACGGCCCUGCUCCACCCCUGAGAGGAGAUGCCUCUUCCCCCACCACAUCCUACAGCCACCAGUCUACAGCCACCCUAACACCAUCACCCAGAGAUGAUAGCCACUGCCACGAUAUACCACGCUUACAUCAGCUCGAGCAGCCACACAUAGCACGUCGGUUGCCAUGUGGACCAGUGCCUGUGCCACGAGCGCCAAGCCCCCCUCUUACCCAAUCCAACCCAAAUCUGUCGGCCAAUCAGGAGUGCUCUGACAACACUGUGCCACACCGCUCAUCACAUAAGAGAGACCUGAGCCAAGGAGCUGCACAAAGCAUAGAAAACAUUAGCAACACUACACCAGGUCGAGCGAGACCCUCGGGAGACACGCACACGCCUCCCGGACAAAAAUCCAAAGUGAAGAAGAAAUCCUCCAAGACCGGCCAGUAUCGAAGAGAUAUACUGCAAGGCGAUCUGCCUCCUCCCCCAGAGCCUCCUCCUGAGGAUCAACCAAACUGUGCCCAAGUAGGGGGAUAUGAAUGUGGACAGACGUCUUUGGAGAGAGGGGGGAGCUCUCAUUCCUCGAUGGAGAGGAGAGAACAGGGAACACCCAAUCGGAAAAACUCUACACAUAGACGGAAAGAUGUAGAGGAAGACUUAAUUCCUUACAACAAGCCCAACUUCCUAUCUCGGGGUCAGAUGUCCAGCAACUGCUCCACAACAGGAAGUUCAUCAUCGCGAGGGUCGACGGGAUCACGAGGGCAAGGGACGGGCAGAAAGAGGAAUGAUGAGAUGAGAUAAGAGAAGGCUGUGAGAUGAAGAGAGUUUUGACCUAAACGUCCCUCCAUUCCUCGACGGAAGAGAACCGGACGAGUGUACAGGAGUCUCACGGACGAAUCUCGGACUUUGAAUUACAUUAUUAAUUAUUGUUAUUAUUGUUAUUUAUGACCUUCAUGGGGCAUUUUUUUCAUCACGCUAUCAUUGUAAAUAAUCAUCCGUUGAAGCUUUUUACAUGGGGUCCAGAUGCAAGAAGACUAUAUUGUAUUUAUACAUGAAAUGAAAAAAGCUCCAAUAUUAUAGAUAAGUUAAUGUCUGAAUGUGCCAACCUCUUUUGUAGAAAUGUAUACAGUAACAUUUCAACGCAGAAUAAUAUUGCACUCACGUUGUGUUGGAAAACAACAAAAAAAUACAAAGCACAAUACGCGUUGUUUGACCAGCCAGCUAGACGGCCAGUUACACAACCUCACCGAUCCGAGGAACGCUUUUGGCCGUCCGCCUCCAUCUGUGGAUUCCCGUCGUUUAACUCACCAGAGAAUGUGGUCCCUUCCCGUUUCUUUUUGUUGUUUUUUUUUUUAAAGCCAGGAGAGUGUCAUUCGACGACUGUUGUGAACGAUUGUACUAGUCUUUUUUUUAAGGAGUGUUUCGAAGGCAGUAUGAAAAUGUAUUUCAUUCAAAAAACAAACAUUAUGUUUCUUUGACUAACUUUUUGGUAGUCCUUGUUGUUUUGUACAAAUAAAAUACAUUUGCUGAGCUAUACAA